GUGCGGGACCUGCGACCGGAAGCAGGACGGGGGCGGGGCUCCAUGCCGGAAGUGAUCAUUCCCCCGUCGUUUCGGUUGGCAGCUUAGCUGGUGGGAGAUGCGCCGGCCACCUGAGGCGAGGAACCGAAGAGAAGAUUAGAGAUUCGAAGGCUGUUUGUAGCUGGGGCUGAGCGGCUGUCGAGCGGGCAGAUCAUGGGCCCGACCAAGCAUUGGGGAGAAUGGUUCCUGAACCUGCGGGUGCCCCCCGUCGGGGUGUUUGGGGUGGCCUUUCUUGCCCGAGUCGCCCUGGUUUUCUAUGGGGUCUUCCAGGACCGGACCCUGCUCGUGCGGUAUACGGACAUCGACUACCAGGUCUUCACGGACGCCGCGCGCUACGUCACGGAAGGGCGCUCCCCUUACCUGAGGGCGACGUACCGUUACACUCCGCUGCUGGGUUGGCUCCUCACUCCCAACAUCUAUCUCAACGAACUCUUUGGAAAGUUUCUCUUCAUCAGCUGCGACCUCCUCACCGCUUUCCUCUUAUACCGCCUGCUGCUUCUCAAGGGGCUGGGUCGUCGCCAGGCUUGCGGCUACUGUGUCUUUUGGCUUCUCAACCCCCUACCCAUGGCGGUAUCCAGCCGGGGCAAUGCGGACUCGAUCGUCGCCUCCCUGGUGCUUACGGCCCUGUACCUCAUAGAAAAAAGACUCGUCGCCUGUGCUGCUGUGUUCUAUGGUUUCGCCGUGCAUAUGAAGAUGUAUCCGGUGACCUAUAUUCUUCCCAUAGCCCUCCACUUGCUUCCAGAACGCGACAAUGACGAGGGCCUCCGCCAAUCUCGAUAUUCUUUCCAGGCUCGUUUGUACGAAUUCCUGAAGAGGCUGUGUAAUCGGGCUGUGCUGCUCUUCGUAGCAGUUGCUGGACUCACCUUUUUUGCCCUGAGCUUCGGUUUUUAUUAUAAAUAUGGUUGGGAAUUUUUGGAGCACACCUACCUGUAUCACCUGACUAGGCGGGAUAUCCGUCACAACUUUUCUCCAUACUUCUACAUGCUGUAUUUGACCGCAGAGAGCAAGUGGAGUUUUUCGCUGGGAAUUGCUGCGUUCCUACCACAGUUUAUCUUGCUUUCAGCAGUGUCUUUUGCCUAUUACAGAGACCUUGUCUUUUGUUGUUUUCUUCAUACGUCCAUUUUUGUGACUUUUAACAAAGUCUGCACCUCCCAGUACUUUCUUUGGUACCUCUGCCUAUUGCCCCUUGUGAUGCCACUAGUGAGAAUGUCUUGGAAAAGAGCUGUAGUUCUCCUAGUGUUGUGGUUUAUAGGGCAGGCCUUAUGGCUGGCUCCUGCGUAUGUUCUUGAGUUUCAAGGAAAGAACACCUUUCUGUUUAUCUGGUUAGCUGGUUUGUUCUUCCUUCUUAUCAACUGUUCCAUCCUAAUUCAAAUUAUUUCCCAUUACAAGGAGGAACCUCUGACAGAGAGAAUCAAAUAUGACUAAUAUAUGCUCCAGUUCUGCUGCUGCUUCUAUCAAUUACAUUCUGGUUGUUCUGAACGGGCCAGAAGAGAGAGCUUUGGAAAAUAUUUUUCAACAUCCUAAGCACUCUAGUGCAAGUUCAGUUCGGAGCAUAAAACCCUGUUCCAACAAAUUAAAACGAAUGUUUGCCUUAUUUAUAAAAGGGACUCAAUGAUUGAGGUCCAUGCUUUAGGAAAUCUUAGGGCUCAUUUAUCUUGGACAUGAUGGAAAGUAAAGGUUACUGAUUUAAAAAUGGAAAGGCUGAUGAAACUAUCAGAUGCUAAAAGGUUUUUGUAGAAAAAUAGAGGAAUAUAGUCCGAGUCAUAAGGUCUAAGCCAGUUUUUGUUCCACUUAUACUCUGCUACUGUGUGAAGUUGUCUUAUCUUUUAACCUCUACUUUUUCUUUCUAAAGCUUUCCUGAUAGCUGUUGAAAACUCACAAAGUGUUCCUAAAGUACUGCUGUUACAGUACACUUUAUGUGUGUUAAAGAAUACUGCUGUGCUUAGAUUGGGAAAGUUAAUUCUGCAUUAAAAGUAGGGGUUUAGAAGAUAAAGAAUCCAAAGAAUUUAAAUUGUAA